AUACAAAAUAUUUACUUCCGGAAACCAGGACAAUGUACUCCCUUCAUUAUUACGAAAACAUAAACAAACCAAAUUAUAGAUAUCUAUUUAGUAACUAGAUCUUUAUAAAUCUAGAUUUAGAUCUUUCUCUAGUAACUGAAAAUUAUAUUGGACUAUUUAUUAUCAUUGCUACAAAAGCUAAACCGUGAUUCCCACUAUAAACUAACUGAAACUAAGCACGGCAUGUGAUGCAAACACAACCUCCACUCAAAAUCCGGAACAACUCCAUUUACUGAUCUAGACUCAAACUACUCAAAGAGUGUAGAGUAGUCUAGGAUCUAGAACUAGAAUCUUAUCUAGCCACUCGUGUCAAGUCACUGUAAGACUCAAAGUUGUGUGAAAUUUUGAUUGCCCAUAAUGGCAGAUGAUAGAGAAAUUUUACGAGAACUAUGGGAUGGGAAAAUACCUGUUUCUUUUCAAUUGGCACAAGAAGAAAUCUACACAGUUGAACAACCUGAUCCAUUCUUUCUGCUGGUUCCUAGAUUGACUUACUUUCCUUUAGUGACAGACAAAGUCUAUAGGCACAUGGUAAAACAUGUUGAUCCGGACCAUGGGGAGAUGUGGCUAGAAUUUGACAACCAACCUCUGAAAUGGCAUUAUCCUAUAGGUGUUUUGUAUGAUUUAUAUGGGUAUCAGAGUGAGCUCCCAUGGACACUAACUGUGCAUUUUAAGAAUUUCCCAGAAGAUGAACUUCUCCAUUGUCCUAGUAAGGAGGCUGUAGAGUCCCACUUCAUGUCAGUAGUCAAGGAAGCUGAUGCAUUGAAACACAGAGGACAAGCCAUUAACAACAUGCAAAAGAAAGAUCACAAAGCUUUGUGGACUGGCCUCAUGAAUGACAAAUUUGACCAGUUCUGGUCUGUCAAUAAAAAGCUGAUGGAAAACAGUGGAGAAGAUGCUUUUAAAUCUGUGCCAUUUAGAAUAUAUCAGAUGGACCAGAUACCUGUACAGAAGCUGUUUAAACCAGUGGAUGAUAAUGGUGAAAAUUUAACUCUGAAAAAUUUAUUAAGUAUAGCUUUACCAGACCUUGAAGAAAAAGGCAUAUUGUCCAGAUACCGUGUGGUCACCCAAGGAAUUGAGCCCCCACUAGAUGUCCCUGUAGGUUGGAUGAGCGAGCACUUGAGUUACCCUGACAAUUUCCUACACAUCUGUUUAGUGUCUAGAGGUCACAGUGAGAGUUAGCAUUGCUGCCAAAUAUGUAGAUUUUUCAAAAUUGUACAGUGUUUUUGGUGACUAUGUUUGUGUUGAACAGUUUCAGUUCAAACUGUUGAUAAAUGCACCCAACUGUGCUAUAUGUUCCAGUGGAGAAGACAAUGUGUUUCAAAGAACUUCAACAAUGAUUAAUGCAUAUUAAGUUAUGAAUAAAUAUUUUUGUGUACAAACAUUCUCACCACAUUUUCCCUUCCAUUCUGUGUUCAAACACAUUUUUACUUAAUUGUACCGGUAUUGAAAUGAGUCAAUGACUUUUAAUGUAUUUAUAUUUUGUUUUUGCUUGCAGCAGUAUCUAAAAGAAUAUGUCAUUAAAUAAACUGGUUCAUGAGUCCUACAGGACACAAUAGGACAUGACAUUCAGGAUUCAUUGUAUCUUUAGUCAUGUACAUUUUUAUUAAAAUUCUAAUUUGAUGGCCA